GGUUUGAAAUUCACGCUUGGUUAUUUAAACAAGCAACAAUCUAAAUUUAUGUCAAAUUUUUUUAAAAAAAACGAGGGUUGUAUUUUAUCAUGAUUUUGGCCAAAUUUAGAUUUCAUAGAUUUUCAAUGAUUCUGUUGGCGGUGAUAUUGAUGAUAAUUUUAGACGCCGCAUUCGGUAAGAGAGGUCAUCGUAAACGAAUAAUAGGCGGCCAUCCAGUACCGCCCGGAAAACUUCCCUUCAUCGUUUCUAUAGCAGACAGCCACGGCAAUCACUUUUGUGGUGCGACAAUAAUAGAUAAAAGACAUUUGGUGACGGCUGCUCAUUGCUUUGUUGUUGAAGAUGAUUCUCUAGAAGAUCCUUCAAAGCUAAAAGUCACAGCUGGAGAGACAGACCUGCAAAAUCGCGAUUCUCCAUAUAUUGAGGCAUUGUUAAUUUGGGCGCUGAUGGUACAUCCUGCUUAUGACACGCUGAAAAAAAACAAUGAUAUUGCAGUAGCUCGUCUGGUAAAUGCUAUUGCAGUCACUCCUGGUGUGAAGCCUAUAUCCCGAUCCACGAGUAGACCGCCAUCAGGAACAAAAUGCACUGUCUCCGGAUGGGGUCUUACAAAAUCGACUGGAACCGACGCAAGCAGAUUUCUUCUAGAGGUCGAGAUUGAAAUACUAUCUUUUUCCGUUUGUGAAACACCAGAAUUGGGCGAGACUUUCGAAGAAUCGGAAAUUUGUGCAGGUGUCAUGAAAGGUGGUCAUGACUCUUGCCGAGGAGAUUCGGGUGGCCCAUUAGUAUGUUCAGGAACUUUUACUGGUGUGGUUUCUUUUGGCUAUGAUUGUGGUUUGCCACAAUUCGGUGCAAUUUAUACAGAUGUUGCCAAAUUCAAAACAUGGGUCGAUAAAAUGAUCGCCUGGGAUGGCCAUUCUUCUUUACCGAGAAUGCGCAAGUCAAAUUCAAAAAGCGAAGCCAGUGGUCCCUCCUUAUUCAGUUUAUGUAUAUUAAUGGUUUUAAACAUUGUCCAUAAAAAUCAACUGUAAUGAAGCCAAGUGGAAACUAAGUGUAUUUGGAAAAAAUGCGAAGUCACUGGAGCAUACCGAAGUAUAGUGAAAAUAUCGCUUUGUUCAUUAUGGCUACUCGCGAAACGCGACCUUAGGCAUCCCUAACAAUUUUUCUUCGCGAUGCCCAUAAUGCUUUUACGAUUUAAAAUAAGAACAACUUUGGAAUGAAAAAGGAUUCAACAUAACGAAAGCGUCAAAAUUUGCACGCCCCGAAAAUUCAUCUUGUCAACAAAAGAUCUUUCGAUCUCUACGUAUUUCUAAGCCAAAGUCCGAAUAUUAGCCAAAAUGGUAA